CUCCUACCCACCGAAUUUAAACUCAAAAAGGGCAAAAUUUCAAAAAAAGAAAAAAAGAAAAGAAAAAUAAGAAGGAAAAAAGCGAGGAGAUCUGCCUGCCAGGAUACCUCAAUUUGCACGAGCACACAGCUCCCUCCUCCUUCAUCUCUCCCCGAUCCGAUCGAACAUCGCCUCGGCUCAGUUGAUGAUUUAAUUGGGUGAGAUUUGAGGUUGCUAUCUUUUGGGGAUUUGGAGGGUUAAAUGGCCUCGGCUCAGGUGUUGCCAAGCUCACGGAAACAGGAGCAUCUUGAAGCCGGAAAGAGACGGCUGGAAGAGUUCCGUAAGAAAAAAGCCGCAGACCGAGCCAAAAAAGCUGCAGCCACAAGUCAACCUCUUGCUUCUGAUGUUAGUGGAGAUCAGAAACAACCUUUAGAGGCUGAACAUGUAAGGAUUACAGAUUCAGAUGGAGCUGGUACAUCUGAUGGGCCUGGCAGACCUGUUGAAUCAUGCAAUGGAUUUAUCAAUAAUGACAGCAACAUAACUAAUAGGACCACAAAAGCUGCCAAAAAUUUUUUGGAAGGUGCAGUUGCUAAACCUCUAUCAGAGAAUGAUUCCACGACAUCUUUGGCAGAUCUACUUCAGAGACGCACAAAUAAUCAUGAUUAUAAGGGAUAUGAUGCAUCGGGAUUUACAGGAUUAGGUGUUAAUAAUUACAAAGGGACAGAAGAAAUGAGUAAUGAUUCCAAAAUGUAUGCUGGACGACAAGGUCAAGUGUCAUAUGGCAAAUUUUCAGACCAGUCUAUUACUUCACACUCACAAGAAGGUCUAGGUUUUGAUAGCAGUUAUAGUCAAUAUACUCCAUUCCAGUCAACGGAAAACAAUAAUUUUUUGAAGGAUUAUGCAUUUACCUCACCUCAAAAUUCUGCCUCUCAACUGAAAAUUAAGGGCAAUUAUCCCAGCACACUAGCCACUGAUGUGGACUUUAUUCAGCCUAGUAACAACUUGAGAGGGUCCAAUCUUGAGGUUGAGCAAGACAUGAGCGGUGGCAAUCUGCACUUCAAUGGUUCCAUGAAUUCAGAUAUUGGAGAAAGAAAAUUUAGUAGUUUACACAGUAGUUUUCCUAGCGUACAUGGUAGAGAUGUGCAAACAUUUGAAUCAGUUAGUUCCAGUUCAGAUAUCAGGAGCUCCACAAAUCAUGUUCAACAAUUCCCAGGAACAUCUGAACCUAAUUCUAGGAGAUCUCGACCAUCCUUCCUUGAUUCACUUAAUGUUCCUAGAGCUCCUUCAGCUUUGCAAAGCACUGAGCCACAGAAGCAGCAAUCUAUUCCUAGUACCUUAAACUCAGAUGGCAUGGAUGAUCCAGGAUCAUCUGCUUUCCAGAAGGCAACAGCACAGAAUGAAUCUGUGGGAGAGCAGUUGAUGAAAUUUUCUGUGUCCUCUAGCAAUGGGUUUGAUCUAAUGUCACAGAAUGUUAAUGAAAAUGGCUUGGAGAGAAAGCAUGAGCUAUAUUCAUCUAAACAAAAUGAAGAUUUUGCUGCUUUGGAACAGCAUAUUGAAGACUUGACACAAGAAAAGUUCUCUUUGCAACGAGCUCUCGACGCUUCUCGUGCUUUGGCAGAGUCCUUGGCUGCUGAAAACUCAUCAUUGACCGAUAAUUAUAAUCAACAGAGAAUUGUUGUCAGCCAACUAAAAUCUGAGAUGGAGAAAUUGCAGGAGGAAAUCAAGGCCCUUUUGGUGGAACUUGAUUCUGUCAAAAUGGAAUAUGCAAAUGCAAAACUGGAGUGUAAUGCUGCUGAUGAACGUGGAAAAAUUUUGGCCUCUGAGGUUAUUGGUUUGGAAGAGAAGGCACUCAGACUAAGGUCUAAUGAACUAAAGCUGGAGAGGCAAUUGGAGAACUCACAUACUGAAAUUGCUUCUUACAAAAAGAAAAUGUCCAGCCUAGAGAAAGAUCGUCAGGACUUGCAAUCAACAAUUGAUGCUCUUCAAGAAGAGAAGAAACUAUUGCAAUCCAAGUUACGGAAAGCUUCAGCAAGUGGAAAGUCAAUUGAUGUCAGUAAGAGUCACAGUAAUAAAAGGGAUAUGUCAACGACUACAGAAGAUUUAGAUGCCAGCCCUAACACUUCCAACCAGGAAAUAAAUGCUGCUUCACUUGUUGGAAGUGAUAGCCCCAGUUUUCCCAUGCUACCUGAAAGUAGCCAGUCAAAUCUUGAAGUUUCAUCUGCGUAUAUACCUUUAGAUCAGAUGAGAAUGAUUGAAAACAUUAAUACACUAAUUUCUGAGUUAGCAAUAGAAAAGGAAGAGUUGAUACAAGCAUUGGCAUCUGAGUCAGCUCAACAUUCCAGACUUAAGCUGGUGACUGUGCCCAGCAGUAAAUGAUCAUGCAAAUACCUGCAAAAUGUCGUAUGCUGAACCAACAGUUGCAAAUGCCAAUAACCCAUUCUCAAUUCUUUGGAUGGAGAUGAUGUGGAAGGCAAUGUCACUGGUAGUGGAGGUAAAGGCAGGAAUGAUACUGUGUGGUGAAAGAAAGGACUUGUAAAACCAAGAACCAAUUAAGAAAAUGAAGAAGUUGCUGAGGGAUCAAGAAAUUAGAGCCUGAAGAAGUAAUUGACUUAGAUGAGAUUGACGAGCUACAAGGGCUUAAGGUGGUAGAUACUGAAUCUGAUGGGGAUGGUGUUAGUAGUUUUGAUGAGGCUGUCAGGGAAAAGGGCAAAAGGGACAAUCAUGGAUUACUUGGAUCUUUUGUUUUGGAUUUUGAUAGUUACAGGAGUGGUAACACCACUAACUGUACUUUAGAAUGAUUUGGCUUUGAGCUUUUGGAUGAUAGUAUCUUUGAGCCAGUUUUGGCUGCUGGGGAUUUGGAGGUAUGAUUAAUGGGAUUUGAAAAUGGUGAGUGCUGGAGCAAUGUUUGUAUGUUGUGUGGGGAGGAGAAUAAAUGGACAUUUGUAUUUGACUGAGGGUGAUGAGAGAGAAGUUGUUGGAAUUGUCUACUACCCCACCAGAUGCCAAUUUGUUUCAGAAUUUGAUGGCUGGGUUCUGUUUCAGGGCUAUCAAGGUAUGGAAGGGAAGAUGGUCAGCAAGGAAGUUUAUUU